AUGAACAACGCUCCUAUGACCUAUAAAAUGACUCCAAUGAGGGAUGUCUAUUACGAAGAGGAGAAAAAAGUUUGCUGUGGAAAAUUGACCUACAAGAAUGCGUGCAUUCUGAUUGGAGCCAUGGAAGUCGCCUACUGGGCGUAUUACGGAAUCCUGCUUCUUUUCGCAAUCAUCCACCAUCAGAGAGCUUGGAGUGUCGUGUUCACUGGUGUCAACCUUAUCAUGCUCACAGCUCAAGUGGUUAUUUUGUGGUAUGGAGUUAUCAAUGAAGCACAUAAAUUCCUUCAAACCCAUUUGAUUUUCCUAACGCUGACCUUCCUCUGGGACGUUGUUUUGGCGAUUGGAUUCUUCUGCUUAUCAGUUCUCCCUUACGCCUACACAAAUGAUAUUCUACAGUAUAAAGGAAAUGAAUGGAACGCGAGAUUAUUCGGAAUCAUUAUGGGAUCUUUGCUUCUCGUUUGGUUCGUUGCGAGAUUCUUUGCCACUGUCAUAAUCUACAGAUAUUGGAAGUUGUUGAGAGCAUUACAGGGAUAUGGUAAUGAUAAUGACUUUUAA